AAAUCGAUUUUCCCUUUAAGUUGUGGAGUGGUGUUGUCAGUGCUUGGUUAUUCUAGAGUAAAUGCUUUAGUGAAUUUGCCCUUUCUUAUCAUCAAGUUUCCAUGUGCGGUGAUCGUGGGGUGGAAUGGUACCAGAGUAUUGAUCCGUGGGAAACCUAAAGUGAAGUGGAAAACACCGGAAGUGAAGUGAAUAAGUUUCAUUUGAGUUGAAAAUAACUGUUGCCCUUGGUUGGAACUAGAACUUCAUGUUCUUAUAAGAUGGAGGAGGCGAUAUGAUUUGCUGGUGUCAUCGAAAAGGACAAGCAGAUACACAUCUAAAGGCAAACAAUAGAAGAGACCGCUACAACUUAGCUUUUUGACCCCAAUUUUCGGUUAGAUUGAUCUGAUAAACUCGCUUCAGCAAUGACUUCCCGCUUAGACCGGUUAUUCAUCCUGUUGGAGUCAGGAUCGGCGGCCGUAACGCGUAAGGCAGCCGCAAAACAGAUCGGCGAAGUGCAGAAGCUGCACCCGCAUGAGUUGCACAAUCUGCUGCACCGUUUGCAAACCUAUCUGCACAGCAACAACUGGGAAACGCGGAUCGCCGCUUCACAGGCCGUUCAGGCUAUUCUGGAAAAUGUCCCCCAGUGGAAUCCCACCGGUGCGGAAGCCGUCGUCAAACAGGAGGAUCAAAAUACUCAAAAUUCACGGCUAUCGUUCGACAAGUUCGAUUUGAACGCCGUGCUACACAGGGGAGCACGACUGAUGGGUUCCGAAGGGACGGAGUUCGAUGCCAUCGACGAUAACGAAGCGGGAGAUCCGCGGGAAAAAUGGGCUCGCCAGCGUGCGUUGUUGAACGAAAAGCUGGGACUAAGUAGCGGGGUUAAUUUGGACGAUAUUGUAUCGAUCGACGAUAUGCAGAAUCGCAGUGGUCAGCUGGCGGGACAUGGUGACGGUGAAAAACUUAUGCCAGUGCAGGAGAUUUUGAAACUGGAAGCUCAGGAUGGAUCUAGUCAAGUUCUAAGUUGUCGGGAGAAAAACCGUGCUCGGAGAAAGGCUCGAGAACAGCAAAAGGUGUUUCCGAAUCCGAUCAAUGCUGUUACUUCUGGAACCUCCGGUACAGGUAGUAAUGGGUCUAGUGGGGACGGAGAACCCGAUCGGAAGCGAUUGAGACUUGAUGCGAAGGGAGAAGCCGUAACGGCUGGGGAUCCAGUGCCGGAUUUGACCGGAGCGUGGGUGGAUGCUACUGAGUGGCCACUGGAAGUGUUCUGCUCUAAAUUGUAUAUGGAUUUGUUCAGUCCUAGAUGGGAAACUCGACAUGGUUCAGCAACAGCUUUGCGGGAACUGCUUAAGAGCCAUUCGGCUGGAGCUGGAAAAAGCAUUCACAUGACAAAACAGCAAAUGGAACAAGAGCAUCAGCUUUGGCUAGAGGAUGCCACGUUGAGAUUACUUUGUGUACUGGCUCUGGACCGAUUCGGAGAUUUCGUGUCAGAUCAGGUGGUCGCACCGGUUCGCGAAACUUGUGCUCAAGUUCUCGGGACUGUGCUGAAACAGUUGCCAUUGGAUAAGGUUCAUAGGACGGUUAGCAUACUAUUGACCUUCAUCAAACAGAAGGACUGGGAAGUUCGUCAUGGUGGACUGCUGGGUAUAAAAUAUAUGCUUGUGGUUCGUGAAGAUCUUGUCCAAACGUUCCUGCCUUUAAUUAUCAAUGACGUACUGACGGGAUUGUUUGAUUCCGUUGAUGAUGUUGGAGCGGUGGCUGCAGCCACUCUUAUACCGAUUGCUUCCUGGCUGCCCAGAUUGCUCACAAAGACGCAAGUUUCUCACAUUGUUAAGUUAUUGUGGGAUUUGCUGCUGGACCAAGAUGAACUGGCAUCUGCUUGCAAUAGUUUCAUGGGCUUACUCGCCUCAAUACUUAGUCUUCCCAACGCUUCUAGUUGGAUUCAAAUGGAACCGAUGUCGAUAUUGGUUCCCCGAUUAUGGCCCUUUCUUAGUCACUGCACCUCGUCGGUUCGAAGAUCUACGCUUCAAACGUUGAAGACGCUAACAAACAGCAACAGUUCAAUGCAAAGUGAAUCAUCGGUCGUUGUGGGAAGCAAUGGAGUUAAUGGAAAUGCAACUUCCGUUAUUGUUAGCACGGCAGAAGCAUUGGCUAAAGCGGCAACUGAACAUAAUGCUAUUUUACAAGCUGAUCCAUCGGAGAAUUUGGUUUUAAACUUCGGUGUUCAGGAGUGGCCACCGGCUCUGCUUCAGGAAGCGUUGCGACAUAUUUUCCAACGCGUGCUGGUAGAGCAUGUUGAGGAUAUUCAAUCGCUGGCAGAAAGUGUUUGGAAUAAUUUGAUAGUAAAUGCUGAGCUUUCCGCACUUCUACAUGCUUCCUGUCCAUUCGUGGCAAGUUGGCUUUGCCUAGCGAUGCAGCCGGUCAGAUUGGCAUUCGAUCCCGCUUCAAUGAUCUACGCAAAGCCCAAUCAACCGUCCCAGAGUCGGGAACGUCGACGUCAGUUCGAUUCUUUCGAAUCUGCUAGCAGUAUACCUUCACGGCAAAAGCUCUACAUUGGGGGAUCCGAGACCAUACCGGCGGAAGUACGAGAACGAAACGUAAUACGUGCUCGCAUAAAGACGUCCAAAAUGAUCGGGCUUCUGUCUCGUUAUUUGGUUUUACCAGCACCGGGCGUCGUGUACACUCCCGAAAUUGAAAGUCCUAUCGAUUGCUAUACUAAAGUUCUGCUCGGCUAUUUGCAGUCUCGUUCGGCACUUCAACGAUUGAUUGCUAGCUUGGUGAUUGCUUUCUGGUGUUCAUACGAUGCUAGCAUUCGACCCGGUCCCUCGAACCUGCAAGAACGACUGAAAGCGUGUCUCAAUGAGUACGUGUACUACGACGAAGUAGCAAUCCUUUUCACUAGACUUUUACAGGAAAGUCGGGACUAUUUGGCAACGUUGAAACAGCACAAGAUUAAUUUUGUGGAGUUUGAAAACCUAAAAGUGCUGAGUUUGGAUCAAAUACAUCAACUGUGCACCGUAAUGUCGGAGAGUCUAAAGACUAAGUACGGAUUGAAGACGAAGGUUGCGGAAAUGUUGGACGAAAGACGCCGCGGAUUGUUUAGCUCUCAUGCAAGCACAUCGCUAGAACAGAAUACGCUGCAUAUUAGCACUCAAUCUUCCCUUGCAGGAGCAGUAAUUAGUUUACAUUGCUUACCGGAAAAACUAAACCCGGUUGUGAAACCGCUGAUGGAAUCGAUAAAGCGGGAAGAGUGUGAACUUUUGCAAAAGCUAUCGGCGAAAUAUCUAGCUGAGCUGCUUAGUCAGGUAACAGUGCGUACACCUUGUCCGAAUAACAAGAUUGUCGCCAACCUGUGCACAUUGCUAAAAAGUGAUUUGGAUUUUACUCCCAAGUUGGUUUUUCCGGAACGCGAAAUGCGUUUUUACGAUCCGGCAAACAACGGUGACUUCAACCCGUAUCACGGCAUCAUCACACUUAUGAGCCAGCAAAAAGCAAAAGAAGCAGGCUCGAAUGGAAACGCUUCCGGUAGCCGAGGCCCAGGAAGGCCCGCUUCGGUUACUUCCGAAGUAUCGACCAUGGAAGAAGUGCUAACGGAGAGUGAGGAAACCAGUCGCAAGCACGCCAGAACACAACGGCUCGGUGCAACGCAUGCCGUUACAACGAUUUGUUCAUACUUCAAAGAUACUCUGCCGGAAAAGCUACCGGUGGUGUGGCAACUGAUGAUGGAUAAAAUUGUUUCCAAUGUCACCGAAGGAUACAUCGACAAAAUAAGCCGUACUAUCGUGCAGCCAGAUGAAACUAACGACUUUGUAACAUCACUGCAGCUGAUCGAAGUUGCUGCUCGCCAUAUUGAUCCCGCUUUGCAUGGUCAGCUGUUUCAGCUGUUACCGAAACUGUGUCUUUUGCUAAGACAUCCGCUGAAGGCUGUGCGUCACAUGGUUGGACGUUGCUUAGCUACUCUGGCUCUAGUCGAUUCGCAGGCUGUAAUGUCUCUGGUCAUCAGUGAUAUUGUGCCCAUGCUGUCGUCAAUCGAAAACGUAAUAAAACGGCAAGGAGCUGCCGAAGCGAUCGCCUGCAUCGUAAGUCAACUGCAGCUGGAAAUUGUUCCCUACGUAGUACUGCUAGUGGUACCUCUGUUAGGUCGAAUGAGUGAUCCCGAUCAAUCGGUUCGUCUUGUUUCGACGCACUGCUUCGCAACGCUUAUUCAGCUGAUGCCCCUCGACGGCAUCACACCGGACGUUCGUGGUUUAUCGGAGGAUCUCAAAACUCGUAAACUCAAGGAUAAGGAAUUCCUAGAAUAUCUAUUUGCGCCCAAAACGAUACCGGAUUUUGAAAUUCCCGUUAAGAUCAAUGCGGAUCUUCGCAGUUACCAGCAGUCGGGCGUUAACUGGUUGUGGUUCCUUAAUAAGUACAAAUUACACGGCAUCCUUUGCGAUGACAUGGGGCUGGGAAAAACUCUGCAAGCCAUCUGUAUUUUGGCUGGUGACCAUUACCAGCGAAGCACCGAUCCCAAAUGCGCCAAGCUGCCUAGCUUAGUCAUUUGUCCGCCCACGCUCACCGGGCAUUGGGUUUAUGAGGUGGAAAAAUUCCUUCCCACACGCUUUCUUCGUCCGCUGCACUACGUUGGACUGCCAGCCGAUCGCGAGAGGCUUCGUCAAAAGCUGGGCUUGUGUAAUCUGAUUGUGGCUUCCUACGAAAUCGUUCGCAAAGAUAUCGAUUUCUUCAGCUCAGUACACUGGAACUAUUGCGUGUUAGACGAGGGCCACAUAAUCAAAAACGGUCGGACAAAAAGUUCCAAAGCCAUAAAACAGUUGGUUGCAAACCAUCGGUUGAUUCUCUCCGGAACGCCCAUUCAGAAUAACGUGCUGGAAUUGUGGUCACUGUUCGAUUUUCUGAUGCCAGGUUUUCUGGGAACGGAAAAGCAAUUCAGUACUCGCUUCUCACGGCCGAUUCUUGCUAGUCGUGAUCCAAAGAGUUCGCCAAAGGAACAGGAAGCCGGUGCAUUGGCUAUGGAGGCACUUCAUCGGCAGGUGUUACCUUUCCUGUUGCGACGUGUAAAGGAAGAAGUUUUGACGGAUUUACCACCGAAGAUUACGCAAGAUUUACUGUGCGAGCUCAGUCCGCUGCAGGAGCGGCUUUAUGAGGACUUUAGUCGAACACACUUAAACUCGGACAUUCGAGAGUGCCUGGAGAAUAUUGACGGGGAAAUGGUCAGCAAGAAGACGCACGUUUUUCAGGCUCUGAGAUAUUUGCAGAAUGUGUGCAAUCAUCCGAAGCUCGUUCUGCAGCCAUCUCAUCCAGAGUAUCAAACAAUUGUAGCGGAAUUUACCCGCAACGGAAACUCCCUCGAUGAUAUAGAACAUUCGGCAAAGUUACCAGCAUUGAAGCAACUACUGCUGGAUUGUGGCAUCGGUACCAAUGAGGAUAUGCUGGUAAACCAGCACCGCGCGCUGAUUUUCUGCCAGCUUAAAGCCAUGCUGGAUAUUAUCGAAAAUGAUCUUCUGAAGAAGCACCUGCCGGCGGUUUCAUAUCUCAGGUUGGAUGGUGGCGUUCCGCCAAGUUCCCGACACCAAAUUGUGACUAAAUUUAACGGAGAUCCCAGUAUCGACGUGCUACUGUUGACUACUCAGGUUGGCGGUCUCGGGUUGAACCUUACCGGGGCAGAUACAGUAAUUUUCGUUGAACACGACUGGAAUCCCAUGAAAGACCUCCAGGCUAUGGAUCGAGCCCAUCGGAUAGGACAGAAAAAGGUGGUCAAUGUUUAUCGUUUGAUAACACGCAAAUCUCUGGAGGAAAAGAUUAUGGGAUUGCAAAAGUUCAAACUGCUCACGGCGAACACGGUAGUUAGUGAUGAAAAUGCUUCAAUGGAGACAAUGGGCACCGAACAGUUGUUGGAUUUGUUUGCCCUGAACGAUGAUAAAAAGCAGCAGAAAAUUGCUGAAAAAAAUGCUGCGAGUGGAACCACAUCAGCCACCCCCGGUGGCGAACCGAAUGGAGCCAAUGGAAUUACGAUGCGAAAUGUACUGGAAAAUUUGCCAGAGCUUUGGGAUGAUACCCAGUAUCACGAGGAGUACGAUUUAACCCAAUUUUUGGAGGGACUGAAGAAAAACUAGUCCAAGUGCGCGCGCUUGUGUGUUUUAGCAGCUAAGCAAAAACGGAAUUGGAGCGUUGAAGCUCUACUUUCCCAACUAUUACAUAAGUAGAAUUGGACCAUCAGUAAGUAAGCUUCCAUUAUACGUAUUCUCCCCUAUGAUUUUCUCUAAUACCUAUCGUCCUAAGCGUACUAUUGUAGCACAAUCGAUUGUAAGCAAAUCGCCAUUUUCUUGGAAAAUUUUUCCCCGAAUGGACUUUUUCGUUAUAAAGUAAACGUUAGUGUGUUAUUUUUUGUUACAAACCCGUUCUUACUGCGACUGCAGUGUUAGUCAUGUGGGAAAACAUAGGUACAACUUAUCCUACAAGUGUUUAUUUGAGAGUUCAGUGAAUACUUAAUUUAAAUCAAAUGUUAUAUUUCAGAAAAAUGUUUAUUUCAGUAAGAACAAAAACGAGAAUGUAAAAGCAGAAGGUUUGAAUGAAUUUUUAUCGUAAAGAAAGUUUGAUAAGAAGUGUAGAAAUGCAAAGCUUGAAAGCAGUUUGUUUCCAAACGAAUAACGAAGAAUUUUAUUAAAAGAACCAACAUUUUUUAUAAACAAAAUACAUCGAUAGAUACUUACACGUAUUUAUUCAAUUUCUCAUUUAAAAUAAGGUUUUAUGGAAUGUGGAGAACAUCUUUUCGUUAACAGUGGUUGAAGAAUUCGCUUUUUGAAUAUUUUAAUCGAACGUCGUCAAGCUAUACAACUAGAUGUUUAAUGCUAGAAACUAAAACGUUACAGUCGUUUGCAAAUAUUGAGUUAGCAGAACCGUCUUCUUUAGGUAGGUACCCAGCAGAUAGGAAAUUGUGAAAUCUUCAACCACUCGCAGCAGUUCUUCUAGGUAACAAUUCGGGGAAACGAUUUCCAGAGCAGUGUUAUGCAACCAGCCCAAUUAUAUGCUUUAUUUCCUUCUCUAAUUUAGGUUAAAAGCUCACUUUUGUGUACUGAACUGAAUUAUC